CUGAGCGGUUCCAUGUGAGUGGACCCAUAUCGAACAGCGAGUUGUGUUCCAAAAUUGCGGAGCAUUGGUCCAAAUUCUACAGCGUGGGUGCAACAUAUACAGUCGCGUUCAAUGGCGUUAGGUAUGGCAUAGAACCGAUUUUCUGACCGGAUGAAGGGGAAGAAGAUGCCAAGAUGGGUCAGUGCAGACUAGUAAUUUUCAUUUCUACAAAAACCAAUUUGUUCUUCCGUACCUGACUCUUUCUCCUCGAUUCCCUCGUUUUCCGUCCUGGGUUUCCUUUCCAACCCUUUUGAGAAAUUAGUAGUAAUAGUUGAAGAAGGAAGAGAAAAUGAAUUGCUUCUUUCCUUUCAAGGAAAAACCCGAAUCCCGGAAAGCGAAAUCCUCCGAGGAAGUUGUCAUAGCCAAGGAGCACAAUUUGAGAGUGUUCUCUUACUCAGAGCUCAAAACUGCAACUGAUAAUUUCAAUAGCUCGCUAAAAGUCGGGGAAGGUGGAUUUGGCAGUGUAUAUAAGGCUACGAUUAGGCAUCCAAAGGGGAAGGAGGGUGUCCCAACAGCGGUUGCAAUUAAAAGGUUUACUGGCGAGCUGGGUUCUAGAGAAUGGCUGACUGAAGUUCAACUUCUUGGCGUUGUUGAUCACCCUAACCUAGUGAAACUCCUGGGAUACUGUUCUGUAGUUGGGAAAAGAGCGGUACACCGCCUAUUCGUAUAUGAAUACAUGCCCAAUGGGAGCUUAGAUUAUCAUCUUUUCAACAAGGCUUCGACAACUCUGCCUUGGACGUCAAGAUUAGAAAUUAUUCUCGGUGCUGCUCAAGGAUUGGCUUAUCUGCAUGAGGGACUGGAAAUUCAGGUGAUAUAUCGGGACUUCAAACCUUCAAAUGUGCUCUUGGACGAAUACUUCAAGCCAAAGCUUUCUGACUGUGGACUCGCUAAGAAAGGCCCUACUGAUGACUGUGAUCAUGUCUCUACAAGUGUGACUGGGACGAUUGGAUAUAUUGCCCCAGAAUACAUCUCCACGGGUCACCUCUCAGUCAAGUGCGAUGUAUAUAGUUUUGGUGUCGUGCUUUACGAGAUUCUAGCAGGGAGGCGGGCACUGGAUAGAAACCUGCCACUGGACCAGUUGCUUCUAGAAUGGGUGAAACUGCACCCGGCUGACAGUAAGGGAUUUAGCACGAUCAUUGAUGCACGUCUGGAAAAUCAAUACUCUCUCAGUGCAGCUCGCAAGAUUGCCAAGUUGGCAGAUACCUGCUUGAACAAGUAUCCAAAGUAUCGUCCUAGAAUGAGUCAGGUGGUGAUGAUCUUGAAGCAGGUGAUGGAGGAGUCAGGAGAGGAAAGUUUUUCUGAGAAAAGGAGGUCUGAGUCAUCUGCUUCUUCUAACUUGGUUGCCCUAAAUAAGCACUCAGAUCAAAUGGGAGACAUUGACACUUCAAGAAGGAUGAAAGGCUUCCUAAAACCUGAUGAACAGAAUUUAUACGCACCAGAUCCAAAGUCGAGGGGAGAGGAAGAUUCGGAACGUUUGCAAUUGCAAGUGCAUCAAUAUUCAGAUCCCCCAAUAGGUACAUUUGGCCGUGGGAGUACCAGUGGCAAUGCCCCGGAAGAAGGUGUGUUGUCCAUGGGGGAAUUGAUCAACGAAAUGGGAGAGGCAGAAGACGAGGGAUCGUUGAAUGAAGUCACACAGUCAUUUUAUGAGGAACUCUUGGAGGAGAUCUUGUUGGGAAAAUUGGAGGAAACUCCUCCAGACCAAAGAGAAUUAGAAGAAUCGAACUGUCAUCUGUUGAAAGUUCCUCCAACAAUCUCUCACCAUUUUUCUAUCCUCUGUGUUUUAGAUUUGUCGUCUACUGAGAUAAACUCUUUGCCACAAUCUAUUUCCAGAUUAGUAGCACUCCAAAAAUUGUUUUUGAGAAGCUGUGAGCUUCUAAUGGAACUGCCACCUGAAAUUGGAGAACUCGUGAAUCUUGAGGUGCUUGAUCUUGAAGGGACUGAAAUUCUCUGUCUACCAAAGGAGAUUGCCAAACUAGUUAAUUUGACGUGCUUGAAAGUGUCAUUCUAUGGCUAUGCAAAUCAGACAGUAAUUCCGAGGAGGGUCUUGUCAAAUCUUUCAAUCUUGAUCGAGUUAAUCAUUGAUGUGACUCCAUUUGGAGAAUGGUGGGAAGUAGAAGCUAUUGUAGAUGAUCUGUGUAGCUUAAAGGAGUUGAGAACUCUGCAAUUGUAUUUACCCACUGCUGAACCAUUGGAAGAACUCACAUUGAUAUUUCCAGGUUUGGCAAACUUCAGAUUUACAGUUGGCCGUCACGAAGAGCACUUCAUUUCCCGUUUACCCCACAAUGUUGAAGAGGAAUUCAAUAACCGGGAGAAACUGGAUAAAGGCUUGAAGUAUUUAAAUGGAAAUAGCAUACCAAAUGGAGUUACCGAGGUACUCAAACAUGCCAAUGCUUUUUUUCUACAGCGCCAUUGGACCGCUAAGAGCCUAUCAGAGUUUGGGCAUAAAAAUAUGACUCAAGUGAAGUUUUGCUUGGUGAUGGAAUGUAAUGAGUUUCGGUCCAUCAUCGACUCUGAACAGUUUAAUCGAGGAAAAUAUGAUAGGGGUGAGUCUGAAGAUUUUGAGUAUUUUGAUGAAGCAAAUGUACUUGGAUCACUUGAGAGAUUGAUUAUUCGCUACAUGAAGAAUAUGGAGAGCAUUUGGAAAGGGCCGGUUGGGAAAGGGUCUCUGUCCAAUCUGAAGUCCUUCGCUUUGCAUACAUGCCCCAAUUUGACUAGCCUUUUCACAAUCGACAUGCUUAUUAAUCUCACAAACUUGGAAGAGCUUAUAGUUGAAGACUGUCCAAAACUUGACAGCCUCGUGAGUCUCAAAAGUACCGGCUCAAAGCCAGGCCUUUUUCUCCGGAGCUUGAAGAAGAUUUCUCUUCUGGAGCUGCCAGAACUGGCCAGCAUCUCCGGUAGCCUAUGCAUUGCUCCGAAUUUAGAGAGGAUGGUUAUCUUUUAUUGCCCAAAGCUCGAAAAGCUUUCUACCAUGGAAGUUUCGAGUACAGAUUUGAAGGUAAUUAAAGGAGAGAAGGAGUGGUGGGAUGCGUUAAAGUGGUACGAAUCGGACCUAAGCACGGAACAUGAAGAUUAUGUGGCUCGUCUUUUUAUCCCGUUGAAAAGGGACGGGGAUCUGAUGGCUCAAUUAACAAAAGACUAGACUGCUGUGUAUGGUCAGGGUGAAGUUGGAGGCUACCCGACGGUUGUUUUCAUUUAGCAUUCAUGGAUUUUUUCCAGCAACAAUGUCUGUUGAAUCUUUAGUGUCAAACCUUUGGAUGGUUGUCUUCAUCCACCCAACCCGUACUUGGCGGGUCAAAUAUUAUUUCAACUGAAAGCAA